UCCUCUCUCUGUGAUUGACCCCCAGGUCUGGCUCUCUGGGCUCGGCUCGCGCUGCCUGGGCACUGCUCUGGGAUCGACAUGGCGGCGAUUCUGAAGAGAACAACCGGCUUGGUUGGGCUUGCGGUCGCCCAGAAUCCUCAUGAGAGACUGAGGAUCCUCUACGCUCGGAUCCUGGGAGCCUUGCAGGAGAUGCCCAAGGAGGCAGGCUACAGAAAGUACACUGAACAGAUUGUCAACGAUAGAUUGAACCUGGUGCAGUCGGAGAAAGAUGUGGAAAAGCUAGAGGGAAAACUCAACUGUGGGCAGAUUGAAGAAGUCAUUUUCCAGGCUGAGAGUGAAUUGAACCUGGCCCGGAAAAUGGCUCAGUGGAAACCCUGGGAACCCUUAAUAGAAGAACCCCCGGAAAAUCAGUGGAAAUGGCCAGUUUAAACAACGGCUCCUUCAACGCACAACCAGCCUGAAGCUGCCCGAAUUUCACCAUUAAAAUGAAUCUCUGCAACGGUCAA